CAAUCAAUUUUUUUCAUAAUAACAUUUAAUAACGUUGAAACAGCCUUUUCCCCUCGAAGAUCAGCCCUCAGCCGAUGCUAUCAAAAAAGACCCUGAAAUCAGGGCAAAAUUUCAAUAAUGGGGUUUGUGAAAGUUGUGAAGAACAAGGCGUACUUCAAGCGGUACCAGGUCAAGUUCAGGCGUCGCCGUGAAGGCAGGACUGACUACCAGGCCCGCCGCUUCUUGGUUGUACAAGACAAGAACAAGUACAACACACCCAAGUACCGCAUGAUCGUUCGCUUCACCAACAAGAAUAUCACAUGUCAGGUAGCGUAUGCCAAGCUGGAGGGAGAUGUCAUUGUAUGCGCCGCAUACUCUCAUGAACUCCCCCGCUAUGGUGUCAAGGUCGGGCUGACCAAUUAUGCUGCAGCAUACUGCACAGGACUACUCCUGGCUCGCAGGAUUCUGAAGAAGUUCAACUUGGACGGUAUCUACGAGGGUCAGACAGAGCCAGAUGGCGAUGACUACAUGGUAGAGUCCGAGGAGGGUAAGGCAGGAGCCUUCCGUUGUUUCCUGGAUGUCGGUCUAGCCAGGACCACCACUGGCGCCAAGGUGUUUGGGGCACUCAAAGGCGCCGUAGAUGGUGGUCUGGAGAUCCCACACAGCAACAAGCGCUUCCCUGGAUACGAUUCAGAGAGCAGCGAGUUCAGCGCUGAGGUCCACAGGAAGUACAUCUUUGGAGGUCACGUUUCUGACUACAUGAAGGAACUCCAGGGCGAGGAUGACGAUGCUUACAAACGCCAGUUCUCUCAGUUCAUCAAGAAUGACAUCACACCUGACACACUUGAAGCCAUGUACAAGAAGGCGCAUGAAACCAUCAGGGCCGAACCCGACGCCAAGCCUAAGAAGGAGUUUGCUGGCAAGACGAAGAGAUGGAACCGCGCCAAGCUCACCCUGCUCCAGCGCAAGGACCGCGUCAAGCAGAAGAAGAAGUCCUUCCUCUACGCCAACCAAUCUCACGACUAAGUCAUCCGUUCCUCAUCCUCCUCCUCACAUACUCCAAUCUCAAGUACUCCACUCCCAGAACGAACAAUGAUAUGACCAUCACACGGAACACUCAUUAUGGACAAUAACACCAGGGACGUUAGUAGAUACCGGCCAACAGUGAACGAAUGAAAUAAUUGACUCGUGCACGACAGAAGUGAUAACAUCGGCGACUGGCAUUGGGCUGGUAAAACGAAGCAAAUAAAUACUGAUGACAGAUGUAUUUAAAAACAUA